ACUCUCACAGGCGUCUUACACUGUUCUACCUCGUCUGCUGGACGAUAAUGGGGUGUAGUGGUUGAUUGGUUUCGUACCGCGCUUAGCCCUGACUGCUUUUUUUUUUUAGUUUGGAAUAGUAAAGCACCCUUUCAUAUACUGCGUUUGUAUAGUGUUUGGAUUUAUCAUGGAGGAGGAGCGUAAAGCGAUACCACGUACUGACAAACUCAGUGUUAAGACUAUUGUAUUGAUGGUAUGUGAACCAAUUCUGGCAUAGUGACUCAGUAUUUGGAUUGCUAUUUUUUUUUUCUUAAAAGGAUGUUAAAAAAUGUAGUGUGUAUUUCAUAGUGAAGGAACAGGUAGCUUAACAAGGUGUUUUCUGAUGUUGGGAAGGUGUUGGUUUUUUUUUCUUCUUCACGUCUGGUUUUGACAUUGCAGAUUUUUAAACAAUUCCUUUUUUCUCUCCUUUGAUGUGUUUUUGUUUAGAGCAAGUUGGAAAAAGUACUCAGUUUAGGAAACACUAUUGUAAUGGAAAAUGUGACAACUCGUUUCUGUGACAUUUUUUUUUCCUUUUUUAACAAACAAAAAUAAAAACCGUUAUGGAUAUUUGUGUAGCACAAUUUAAAAAAAAAAAAUCAUAUAUUCUAAUUGUUUCUGUUGAAAAUUCUCAAAGGAUUAUUGCAUCUGCCACGAGCACACGAGCAAGUUAAAAAACUCGAUUUAGAAAUCCGAGCGGAGAAUUCAUCCCAGCUCUGCCGCCUGAAUUAGUCGACUGGCCGCGCCAAAGGUGUUGAGGAUUAUGCUCUUCUGUCACGACAGCGUCACCGGAUGUGUUUGUGCCUGCCUUCCACGCAGCGGCCGUCGUACACUAUUUCCUUCCUGCGUCGACAAACACCCACGCAUUGUUCGCCGAGCCGUCCAAGGGAGGGCGAACACCAGUCCCCCACAGUCGUAUCACACACCUCCGGUCGUGUGACCGUCGCGUCCCUGGCACUUUGCGUGUGCGCAAGUACAGCUCACGUCCUUUAUUAAGUGCGCCGGCUGCGUUGUUCAUCCAUUCACGUUCAGAGGGCGCGCGGGGUUCUGCUGUUGUUGUUUUUUUUUUAUUUAAAAAAAAAACCCAGCACUCACCCCUUUAUCGAGUUCCCAAAGACAAUCAAACACAUAAAAGGGGGCUCGGAGAUAUUAGAGUUUGAUGCCCGUCUGCGCAGGUCGACGUGGUAAGAUCCAUACCACUCAUGGUCUCAUAACCACCCGAGAGCGUUGCACUCAAAAUGUGCUCGCGGCCACCAUGGGAGAAACAUCAGGAGCUGUAGCCGCGCUGAGCCUGGGCCGCAUGAUUCUUGUCUCCCUCUUGGUGUGGUGCUACUGCUUGGCCGGUUGCCUUGGGGAGCCAGCUCCCCCCGCGGUGCUCACAAAGGCGCUGGAAAUCGCUGGUCACCUGGAGACGCUCCAACACAAAGCAGACGCAGCACGCUUCGACCAAAGUCCUUCGUUAGACUCGGAGAGGUUGACUGGCCUCACGCAGUACAUCCAUGAAAACAGGGAUCGCAUUCCAUUUGGGAAAAGCCUAGAAAUGGAAGAGCUCGUGGAGGUUUUACUCUUAUUCAUCAACGAGCAUUUAAAAAACGACGAGGAUCAAGGAUAUUCCACCGAGUCGGAUUUGCCGAAUAUUUACAUUCAAACCAACGAGAACGUCGAGUCAUCUGAUUUAAAUAACAUCAAAAACACCCACGAAUCCCACGACGAGGAAACGAAAACAAAGUUUCAACAGUUUUUAACCAAUGUUAUCGCCAUCGCUAAGGAAACCUUACAGUCAGAGCGACCGAAGCAGGCGCCCUCACAAUCAUCGGCUCAGACUUUGCAACACGACCCUAAAGACAUCUCGGUAGAAGAGUUACGGGGAUUAGUAAGUGAUAUCCAGCUGUAUAAAUUUCUCAGAGCUAACCACGACGCAUCGGGGCCUGAUUUUGCUGACUUGGUCCGUGUGUACCUAAGAAAUAAUUUAAAACGUUCAGACCACAACGGCGUCGCCCUAUCUCUGUUGGCUAACAGCAGUCCUCAAAGCAAUGAUAACGAUGAGCGAAGUCAAAACGCUUUUUUUGACCAAGAAAAAUCACAUUCAUUGCCUUUUGAGUCAGAUACCUCACAAAAUACCGACACAGGUUUUUCUCUGUUGACGAAACUGCCGGUGAGGCAAAAUAGACAGAACGGACUCAAUGACCCGGUCUCUUUGGAAUCCAUCGUCCACAGAUCGGUGAAAAGUUCGAGGGAUAGCCCUCGGGGGGACGGGGAAUAUAGUUACAAUUCAUUGACGCACCUGAAGGAUCAGUCCAUCUAUGCCCCAGAUAGCAACCACGAGGAUUCUUUCAGAGGGCCCCUCGUCGCUGAUGAAAACAACAACAACAACAAACUCGAAAACAAACACUUAAUCGAACAGAUACGAGACGCCUACCAAGACGAGCGUCGGUCAACGAGCCUGGCGGGCAGCGAAGAGUUGACCAGAAACUUGUCCACCUACCUGGGCGCCUCCAAUUUUUACCUCAGCAGGACCAGGCGGAGCUCCCCUACGGGCAAAAAGAAAAAAAAUGGCCGCCAGAGGCUGUUCAUCUCUUUCGGUCACGUGUCACCGUGCGAGCUCAAAGACAGACAUUUCUGCAUGCACGGGGGGACCUGCGUCUUCGUCGCCGCUCUGGAUAUCAAAACUUGCAGGUGUCCACUGGGCUACACAGGUGUUCGAUGUGCCAUCAUUGACCAGGAGUACAUACUCAGUUUACUGACCAACUUGAUCUUCACCUCAGCCUAGUCCAGUUACAAGCUAAAAGGUUUACCGUAAAUCACACAGUGGCUGAUGCCGUCGAGUCGGUAAACACAGAAGGACCUACUGUCUUAAAGGAAAGCAAAAGUAUAAUUUAUUUAUUCAACAGAAUUUGUAUCGUGUGUGUCGUCUGUGAAUGGUUAUACGUUUUAACAAAAUUGUCAACCGGCUCAAGAAAAGUUUUUUUUUUUUUUUUUGAGCUUUAUAAAAUGGCCAUGUACGUGUGAAUUAUUUAAGCUUAGAUAGCGAUUUUAUUUUUAUGAUAUUUGAUUCUGUAAAGAUAAUUUGAAAAACCUCAUCUUUGUUAUUUCAUUGUAUGGUGUUUCUAUUAUUCAACCCAUAACAUACGAAUCGUUACAUAUAAAAAAAAAUCGUGUUAAAACAAACAUGAAAAUUGUUGCCUCAUCUCUUCGGCCAGAUUUUGUAAUUAUGAUCUGGCAAUAUUAACUCAUGUUUUGAAAAUUCAGCACUGUAACUGUACGUGUCAAAUUAAAAUAACAUUAUAACUUUAUUUGACCGUAUCAUGAACUUAUUUAUCUGGCCAUGUCUCAGUAUGUCUUGCCAUAUAUGCCACACUCAUGAAUGCUGUUUUGUUUUACUGCUUAGGCGACUUGAUUCCACGGCAUUUUAGAUAAAGGGAUAAAACAUUUAUAACUUCUACAAAUAGAUCUAUUUGGGAUCCUGGAUGUCCUAAGGAUAUAUAUAUAAUUAAGAUCCAUAUAUACUGUUAUAUUCAUAUUUAUAUAUAAAAGAUAAUGAGGUCAACGUGGGCGGCGUGGUCGAAUGGUAGAUCGUAAGACUAACCUCGAGUUCGAAUCCGGGUUCAAGGGUCCACCCAGCUCUGAUGGGUAACUGGCUCAGGUUAGGGAAAGUUAACGCUGCUGGGUAUAGGGCUAGUAAGUAGGUCAAAAACCAGUUCUACGGCUAAAUAAAACCUACAUGAGCCAUAGAACUGGUUGGCCACCUACUUACCAGCCGUAUAGUUCUGACCACGCUAUUCCUUCAAAUGCCCAGGUCACAGAAACAGCUGCAUUCUACUUUGCUUGCCCCGAUAGACAGCCAGGUUUGAAAGUAUCUAAACGUUUAAUGUUGCCACCCCCACCCCCUCCUUUCCAUAAUAAAAGUCUGAACCCGCCAAUACCUUAACUCGCGUAUCAAAACAGUUUACCACACCACGAUCGGACCAACCGCAUACAUGAGCAAAACAAAACGCCUUUACUGAACACGCCGUCGACUAGAUCCAAGAGUGAACCAAAUGGUAAGAAUGUAAUCAGCCGACCAGCGAUUGCCCGUGAUGUUACCCACCUUGACGUCUACAGGUGGCCCGCGAGGAAGACCUAACAGUUUUAUCAGGUUUAUUGUCUCAACAUGGCGCUCUCUCGGAGCGAGGCUGACAUUUUCCUGCUCGCGUUCGACCCCCUUGUUUUAUCAGCUACGAUUGCCCUCGUGACGUCAGAUGUCUUCUCUAUCGGUUUUUUAUUAGAAAGGAAUUUUUUUUUAAAUGGGAGCGCAGGUCAAGGUGUGUGUGGUGUUUUCAUUAUUUUAGACAUCCAGACCUAUUUAGUCCCGUGUCUUGUUUAGUCUUAGACGUGGAUCUUAUUUGUGGUGGAGGGGGGGGGGGGGGGGGUUCCUAGGCUAGGGAUAAACUUGUUUUGGGCAGAUUGUUAAUGCACUCAUAUCAGAACUAACGUGCUAAUUCUAUGACAUAUUUAACGGUGAGCCUUCUGGGAAAUGUCAAACAAGUCCCAGAAAAAUAAAAUACCUUUUGAUUCAGUGUCGCAUCCAAGUCUUAGAGAAAACAAAUCUAUUUGAAAAUAUGAGAAAACAGAAAUCUUGGGUUUUUUAGUUGGCAACAAGAAAAAAUUGUCCAUGUCACAUUGUAUAACUUAUAUUUGUUUAAUCAGUUAUGCUAUGUUUAAUUAGUUAUGAUUUUCAAAACUAUUUACGAUCCUUGUUUGAUCUCAUAGCUUAGUUACAGUAUAUAUGAGCAGUUAUUUUAAAGACAAUUAUUAACAAUAUCUUUACAAACAACUUUCAUUUUUUUCUAAAAGAAGAACAAAUUUUAAUUAAUAAACCUAUUAACAAUAACUCUACAGAUUACUUUAAUCUUUCUAAAAGAAAAAAAAAUUUUACUCAAAAAACACUGCUUUGAUUAAUUGAUCUUGGUUGGACAAAAUGCUAUGUAAGCAAAUCCAAAAAGAAAAGCAGGCUGAAAUCGGAUUCAACCAGUUGACUCGUAAUACUGAAUUGUGUUGAAAGGAAUCCCUCCUAACAAUAAAAUAAAGAAGAAUAGUUGUAUACGUUAACACUAGUAUAUUGACAAUAUGUCGGUUUGGCCUAACACAGUGAUAUAUUAGACGUUUCUGUAUUGUCGCCGUUUUUUUUAACAAAGAAAUGUCAUUGUUGAACAAUCGUGCUGUGUUGUUUAUUCUUGUGUUAAAACAAUGUCAUAACUUAUUUCGCACUUGUGAAAUAUUCUACAUAUACUGAAGUCAUAUCGUGGGAAGCGAUGUUUCUGUAUUUUAAAAAAGUUUUAAUUUUUAAAAAAUCACAACAAAUAAAGUUAAAGAUUAUUCCGAGUAGCCUAAGUUUUUUAAUUGUAUAAUCAUAAAGUCGGCAGAACAAAGUACUGAUAGUAGUGCUCUUUGCAGUUGCGUAGCGAAGGCGGGAUUCAUGAUGAAGUUCCCCCACCCCCCGGGGUAAAAUGUAGCUACUUCAGUGACAUAGGAACUCCUGUCUAAUUAUUCUCUAUCCAACGCGAAACAUCUGCUCUAUACCGGGGUCUUGUUCAACUCUUGUUCAACUCGAGAGCCAUGUUCAAACAUCUCUCAUGACAAUACGUAAUUGAUUCAUUAAUACUUUAAUUGUUUAAUUAAUCUUCUUCUUUGCUUGUCUGCCCAUGUUAUCUCCUAUGUAUUCGUA